AUGUGGUGCGCUGAACCUAGGUUCGCGCUGAACCUAUGUGGCGCGCUGAACCUAUGUGGCGCGCUGAACCUAGGUGUCGCGCUGAACCUAUGUGGCGCGCUGAACCUAUGUGGUGCGCUGAAUCAAGGUGUCGCGCUGAACCUAUGUGGCGCGCUGAACCUAUGUGACGCGCUGAACCUGAGACGGAUCGUACCGUUUGGGAACCACUGGUCUAGACUAUGCAAGUUGCAGAGGGAAUCGACACCACACCUAUCUUGUGGUUGCAAUCUGUUCAAACAAUCCUUCUUCGCUUUAAUUUUCCUUUUCUUUUUUCCUUUUCUCUUUCUUCUUUCUCUUCUUCUUCGAGACUCUGCCUGUAAUCGUGUUAUUACCUUCCUUCCAAUAGAAUUCUUUUAUUUUCCCCUUCGAUUUUCUUCUUCUUCUAAUUAUUCACUUUCUUUCUUCCUUCCAUUUUUUUUCUUUAUCCAUUCUUUACUCUUUCCUCGUUCAGUUUUCUUUCUUUUUUUCAUCCACUUCCUCCUCCCGUUUUCUUUCUUCAUACAGAUUUCUUCUUCUUUUUCUUCUUCUUCUUCUUCUUCUGGAGAACAUCUUCUUCCUUUACCUUUCUUCUUCCUCUUCUCAUAUUCCAGCCUGCUUUCCUCCUCCCCACUCCUACACCUCCUCCUCCUCCUUCUUCUUCUUUUUCUUCUUCUUCUUCUUCUUCUUCUUCUUCUUCCUUUACCUUUCUUCUUCCUCUUCUCAUAUUCCAUAUUUUUCCUCCUCCCCCUCCUACACCUCCUCCUCCUAUUUUCUUCUUCUUCUUCUUCUUCUUCUUCUUCCUUUACCUUUCUUCUUCCUCUUCUCAUAUUCCAGCCUGCUUUCCUCCUCCCCACUCCUACACCUCCUCCUCCUCUUUCUUCUUCUUUUUUUUCUUCUUCUUCUUCUUCUUCUUCUUCUUCUUCUUCUUUUUUAAAGAAAUUCUUCUUCCUCUUCUCAUAUUCCAGCCUUUUUCCUCCUCCCCCUCCUGACCUCCCUCCUCCUCUUUCUUCUUCUUCUUCUUCUUCUUCUUCUUCUUUACCUUUCUUCUUCCUCUUCUUUUAUAUUCAGCCCUCUUUCCUCCUUAAACUCCCUACAUCUCCUCCUUUCUUUCUUCUUCUUCUUUUUUUCUUCUUCUUCUUCUUCUUCUUCUUCUUCCUUUUCUUUCUUCUUCCUCUUCUCAUAUUCCAGCCUGCUUUCCUCAAAAAAAAAAACCUCCUCUUUCUUUUCUUCUUUUUUUCUUCUUCUUCUUCUUCUUCUUCUUCUUCUUCUUCCAAACCUUUCUUCUUCCUCUUCUCAUAUUUCAGCCUGCUUUAA